GAUAGCUGACAGCGCUUUUCAAUGGAAUCCACGAUACAUUGAAGUUUAGUUGAAUGUCUUCGUUUAUCCCUUUCCUGGAUUUAAGGCUUUCUUAAAUCAGCAGAGGAGGAGGCAUUCAAUCCAUUUGAACUGGAAGGUAGUUCAUUCCUUAUGUCAUUCUCUACCAGCCCUGCCAGUUUAAAUGAAUUGGACAUCUGUCAUCGCCAUCAAUUGCAGCCAAUGAGUAUUGGCAGAGGGGACGUCAUGGAGGAAGAUGUCUCUCAGAAUCCCAACAAUCAAGAAAAGGAAGAUGAUGCUGAAUGCUUCCAAGAUGAAAGGACCAAAAUGAUCCAGCCAACGUCCUUAAAAGACCCCAAACUGGAAAAGCUUCAGGAGACGCUGCUGGAUUGGAUCAAUAGCACUCUGAAAGCAGAGCACAUCGUGGUUCAGAGUUUGGUCGACGAUCUCUACGACGGCCUCGUUCUUCAUCACCUCCUGGCCAGGUUGGCUGGCGUGCGCUUGCCCUUGGAUGAGAUGGCGCUUCGCAGCUCGGCUCAGAUCCGCAAGCUGGAAGCCGUGCUGGAGGAGUUCGACAAGCGGCUGGGCCAGACGGACGCCAAGUGGAGCGUCAGUCUAAUCCACAAGAAAGACCUCUUGGCCACGCUUCACCUGCUGGUUGCCAUGGUAAAACAUUUCCAGCCCGAACUGGAGUUGCCCUCUGAUGUCAAGGUUCAAGUUGUGGUCGUGGAAGUGGGCAAGAGCGGAAUCCGGUCUGAAGUUCAAACAGAGGUUUUAACAGAAAAAAGGAACAAUUCAGAGACCCUCUGCAGCACAGAUGGAGACGCUAAUCCUGUGGAGCAGCUGUUGAAACUGGAGGCUCACAAGGUCGCCGUGGUGAAGCAGGCUCUGCUUGACUUUGUAAACGAGAGAAUGGCAAGCCUGGGCUUGCAUGUGUCCGAUUUGGACAAGCAGUUUUCUGAUGGUGUCAUGUUGCUCCUGCUGAUCGGACAACUAGAGGGCUUCUUCAUUCCUCUUUCUGACUUCAAUUUGACCCCCAUCAACCACGCAGAGAUGAUGCGCAACGUGUCUUUGGCCUUGAGCUUCCUCACUCAUUUGGGCCUUCAGGUGUCCGCUGUCCAACCACAAGAUGUCGUCGCUCAGGAUGUCGCAGCCACGCUGAAGGUCCUCUUCGCUCUUUAUAGCAAACAUGGAAGACAAGACAUUAUUUCUGCCUUCAUUUAGUAAGACGUAGAAAGAAAAAAAAAAUACAUGCAUCUUUAUUACAUUCAUGAGUUCUGCUGUAACACCAGAAAAGAAAUGUUCAGUAUAUUGCGCUGAAUUUCUCAUUUUAAUCAAAACAUAUGAAGUUACAGUUAUCAUGUAAUUAUCUUUUAAUCAAUUUAUCAUGUAAUGUGAAAAUUUUCAGGAAAUAUGUCUCAUAAAACAUGAACAUGAUCACAUAAAAUACUAGAGGUGGACAGGAAAGAGGAGUACAGACAUCCGCUAGACAUUCCUUUUCUGACCUCUUGACCCCAAAAUUUUAAUCACCUCUUCAAAUUCAUAUUACAAACAUAUGAUUCAUAAAUAAUGAACUUCUUGGUGGAAAUAUAUUUCCAUAAAAAAAUGUAUCUUUAGUUCAACUCAUUCACUGCCAGCUCAGGUUAUGAGUAUGUGUGCGUAGUGGUAGGUAGUACAAAAAGGAACUUGACAAUGGAAACACCUAUUGACAGUAACGGACGUCCAAUCUAUUUCAACGAUCGUUUCCAGGCCCUCCCAGUUAAAAUAGAUUGGACAUAUAUUUUCUAACAACGGCAUCUCAAGCCAACUGAGGUCACAGAACAAACAAAAAAUAAAAAUAAAUAAAUAAAAUUCCUGGGGCAAAUUACACACAGGCCACACUUAUUUAAAUUUGUCUUUUUUUUUUUUUUUUUUUUUUUUUACAAUUUAUUACAAGGUUUUAAUUUAUUUAAAAAAUUUUUUUUAACUAAUUAUAUUUUAUUUAGAAUUGUUUGUAUUUUUAUUACUCAAAGAUUUCUGUGAAAAAAAUAUUGCAAUUUAAAUAAUUUAUAUAUUUUACAAACUGGAUCCUUCAAUUAAUUAAUACUAUUUAUUUAAAUUAUUUACUAGACAUCCGAUAAUUAAUUUUAAGCCGAUAACACGAUAUUGUCCAACUCCAAAAAUCCGAUACCGAUAAUAAACCAAUACCAAUACCGGUCGUACCGUUAACGUGUUAUUUUUAAUUGUAUUAUGCAGUAUGUAUUAUGUUAGUGUGGGGAACCACUAGAUGCUUUACUAAUGAUGAAUGUAACAACUUCAAGUUUUUCUAAAUUAAAUAAGCAUUCUGUGAAAAAACAGAACAACUUCAACUGAAGUUAUAGAAAAUAAAUAUCCCAUAUGAAUCAAAGAAAUUGAAAUGAGCCAAAAUGUCCAUAAUUAAACAAAAGGAAUCAUUCAUAAUUAAAUCAAUUUACAGUUGGUACCCCCAAAGAGUCACUAAUGGUCGACCAAAGCAUUAUAAAUACAGGAAGGCAAUCAUAGGACAUGCCGAUGAAAUUACAAUUCCCAAAUUGCAUUUUGCUGGGCUUUUGCAGAUUUUUGUAUUUUAUUACUGUUCUAGUUUUCUUAGUGACUAUUUAUUUCUGGUAACGGAGAAGUUAUAUGUAAUGAGACUAUAAUUAAUGAUUUUUAAAUCAUUUAUUGUUCAUUUAAUUUUUGCAACACAAAUGGUCUGCUCAUAUAAAAAAAUCCCAAGCAUCUUGGUUUAAAGAUAUCGAAGCGUUAGUAAACACAAACGCUGUAUUAAUCUGUGACCAAGACUUGUACAAAGGAAGAAGACUCCUACAUUCACAUUUAAGGCAACAUAUAUAUUGGUCCUAAGCUGAUAAUGAAAAACCAAUCUCAAAAUUAUCCGAUGUCAUUUUUAAAUCUUUUUAACGGCCGAUAUUAUCGGUUACCCAGUAGUGUCAGAGGACUUUUUUGGGGGGUCCAUCACAAAAUACAUGCAAGCAACACAAAUACGACAACUGAAUGUCAAAUGAGGGUGCAAAAUAUUGUCCCCAAUUGGCCCCUUGCCCACACAUUUGAAAUCCUUAACCUAUAUUAUUGUAAAAAAAAACAAACAAAAAAAUUUUUGAAAAAAAAAAUCAUAAUUCCUGCAUGAAAAGGUAAAGGUUAAAAAUUUUAUGUAACUUCUUGUUUGUAUUCUUUGAAUAUGCCACAGUGUGCUGUUCCGUCUUCUUCUUGACAGUCUUGCUGCAAGAACAAAGACAUUUUCUUCUUCUACCGCCUCCUUUGCACUGUGUCAAUUCAAAUGUCAUUCGAACAAAAACCUGUAUAUAAAUAAAAAUGUCUUCCAAGAGUGAUCUGCUGACAAGACAGUGGAGGUGGAGAGACUGACAUUCUGUGACUGCCAACAAAGUUCAACAGGAAUAGGAGGAAAUAUUUUUCUUAACCUUUAC